AUGCAAUGGAAUCAAGACAGAAUUGAGGCUAUCUUACCACAUCUGAUGAAGGAGAUUCUGCUACUCCAACCAAGCAAGACAAAAGUGGAGGAUUCUUUCAUUUGGCAACCACUACCAUCCGGCAUUUACACUACGCGCUCUGGUUACUUCUCAGCAUCUAUGCAGACAGCUACGCUACCAUUCUCGUCAGACCCGGGAGUCUUCACUUGGGUCAGAGAUGUUUGGUCUGAAGCUUGUUCACCUAAAAUGAAGCUCUUCUUGUGGUCCAUUAUCCAGAGAGCUCUGCCGCUGGGAGAAAACCUACAGCAAAGAGGUAUGAUUGCAGGAGCGUUGUGUAAGAGAUGUAAUGAAGUAGAGACGGCGAUGCAUACCUUUUUCCACUGCCCCUAUGCUCAGGAGGUAUGGCAUCUCAUUCCCCUCAAUCGCGUAGUUCACCUAGCUACAGAUGGAACCUUCAAAGAGGCCGUUGUCGCUUUUAAGAGAGCAGUGUGUCUACCUCCAACUGGAAUUACAAGCACGAUCCUACCGUGGGUCUGUUGGACGAUCUGGAACGCACGAAACCAACUACUCUUUGAAGGUAAAACCAUCUCCCCUGCCGAUACUGCAACAGCAGGUUUACGGUUAGCACAUGAAUGGACCAAAGCUCAGGAUCCAGCUAGAGUAAGAAAAGGACCUAUACCUCAAGGAAAAAUAUCGAUGAAUCUCCGUAUGGAAGACUCUUCGGUUACUACUUGUCGAACAGAUGCGGCUUGGGAUGUACGCUCCAAAAGAGCUGGUAUGGCAUGGAUUCUCACGGACUCAACGGGGACCGAAAUCAAUCGAGGAUCGACAACACAGAACUGGGUCAAAUCCCCCUUGAUAGCGGAAGCUAUGGCUCUCCGAUCGGCUCUCCUCUCUGCAGAGACUCUAGGGCUCACAAAGCUCCGGUGCUUCUCUGACAACGCAACGCUCAUCAGAGCUAUUACCACCGACAUGCAGGCCAAGGAAAUCUUCGGUAUAGUUCGCGAUAUCAAAGGCAUCUCCUCUGUUUUCGUCGAAGUUAUCUUUUCGCAUUUCAAUCGUUCUUUCAAUGUAGAAGCCGAUUCUCUGGCAAAACUUUCACUUUCCUCUUCUCUGCUUGUGGACCCUGUGUUGGGCUGA